AUGGCAAAUGUGAAGGAAAUGAUGACUAAUUUUCAAAAAUUGGACAAGUUCGAGGGAAUGGAUUUUCGAAGGUGGCAGAAGAAGAUACAUUUUCUGUUGACAUCGCUCGGUGUAGCUUAUGUUCUCACAUCCCCGAAGCCUUUGGAGGAGGGAAACGAGACGUUGGAUACCACUAGUAAGAGGAACAAGUGGGAGAAUGAUGACUACAUAUGUCGUGGCCACAUCCUUAAUUGUAUGUUUAAUGAAUUGUUUGAUGUUUAUCAAUUUCAUAAGUCCUCUAAAUUGCUUUGGGCAGAAUUAGAGUCUAAGUAUAUGGCCGAUGACGCAUCUAGCAAGAAAUUUAUUGUUAGAAAGUUCAAUAAUUUUAAGAUGAUUGAUAGUAGGCCGGUUAUGGAACAAUUUCAUGAAAUCCAAAGAAUUUUAGGGAGUUUUAGGCAACACAAUAUCACUCUUGAUGAGACCUUUAUUGUUUCUUCUAUAAUUGAUAAACUACCAUCAUCUUGGAAAGAUUUUAGCAAUGCUUUGAAGCAUAAGAAAGAUGAUAUUAAUCUUGAGGGCUUGGCUUCUCACAUUCGGAUUGAGGAGGAAAUCCGAGCGCAAGAGGGACAAAAGGAUGUUAAUCCUAGUUCUUCCACAAUUAAUGUGGUGGAGGAUGCUAAGUCUAAUGAGAGGAAGAGAAGAAAUUAUUCAAACAAAAACAAAGGCAAAAAGCCUAAAGUGGGAAGUGAUGGUCAAAAAUCACAAGCUUGUUGGGUUUGUGGAAAACCCGGACAUUUUGAAAAAUAUUAUACCAUUUGGAAGAAAAAGAUGAGCAACAAGAAAGCUCUAGGUGGGAAAGGCGGUUCAAGCCAAUCCCAAGACAAGCAAGGGUGA